ACGGAUAGGAGCACCUGGGCGGGAGCAGGCAAGCCUCGGCCGGCGGACAGCCCCCUCAAACCAUCCCCCCUCAAACCAUCCCCCUAAAUAUUUCCAGCAGCGAUGGAUCACACCGGGGAGCACCUCGACCCCGCAGCCUCGGCGUCCGCGUCCGCGCCCGCAUCCGUCGCCGAUGUCAACGCGUGGCUGGCUUCCCUGGCAGCGGAGGGCGGCGGAGUGGGAGGGCGCGGCGGUGGGGCGGUGGUCUCCGAGCUAUCGCUGGGGCCCGACCCCACGCCGCGGGGGGUAUCCUAUCUCCGCGCGCUCGCGGCGGCGUCGCAGGCGCGGUCCCACGCAGCCGGGAUCGCUGCUUCGGGGCUGCGCGCGCAGGCCGCGGAGUAUCAGGCGGAGGCAGCGCGCUUGCGGGAGGCGCUGGAGCGGGCCGGCCUUGCGCGGGACGCGCUCCCUGCGCCUGCUGCGUCGGCCGCGCGCGCCGUCGCCGCUGUCGCGAACCUCCUGGCCAUCCGCGACACCGAGAUGAGCAGCUUCGUGGUGGCCAGUGCAGAUUUAUGGCUGAGGAGAGCAGAGGUGGAGGAGAAGAGGGACAAAGUGCAUAAAGAGUCAAAGGCACUUCUUGAUUACACAAGGAAGGCCAUCACCAAGCUUACUGAGCUCAAGAGGAUGCUGGAGAAAUUUAAAAAUGAUGUGGAGAAGCAACAAGUGGAGCAAAUGGCAGACUGGCAGACAAAAUUGGUCAUGAUGGACUCGAAAGAGCGGCAAUAUAUCCUCCAAGUCUCAAAUUACAAGAAGCAGAGGUCAGCUACAAAGCAUGGAUACGGCAGAAGCUGCCGUAUUGGCGUCCUAGUACGGGGGGACACGGGGGUACGUCCAGCCUCCAGCCUCGGGAUACGGCCUAGUACGGUGUGGACACAGUGGGACUCGGGAUCCAGCCUCCAGCAACCGAGCCGCUACCUAGCCCUCCUUCCAACGGCUACCACGCUCGAGCAGGCAACCACGGCGGUCGCUGCAAGGAAGAAGGUCCAGGCAGAAAGGUAGAAGGCAAGGCGGCCGCCGACGAGGAAAAUGCUCCGGACAGCGAGGAUGACAGGGAUUGCAGCCGCCAGCAAGUAAGAAGAUUUGGGCGGAUGGGAAGGGAUGCCACUGAUGAGCAAGAAGGUACAGGCGGCAGAGCUGUGGUCUCAUCUCCUCUCUACGGCGGCUGGAGGGAAGAGGAACACGGGAUAGGGAACAGCUGGAGGAGCUGACUUGUGUAAAUUUGUUUCCUGAAAAGAAUGAAACCUUUAUGUACCAAGGUACACUACAGGAUAAACACUACUGGGAGGAUGGCCAGGCUGCGCCGGCUUGGUUGGGAAUUGGUUUAGAUCAUAGAUGAGAGAGAUGAACCUUGGGGGAUAGCUGAUUGGUUUCUGAGUGCUUAAGUAGGAAGAUACAAGAUGUGGCUUAAUUUUCAUUUUUUUUUUAAAACUGGCUUUAUAUAGCCGGUUCGGUACAGAUUGUAAACAACAAAGUGUGUCACACUCAACCGCUUUGAAGACCAAUGUUCAAGAAAGCGUUUUUAAGCGUCGCUUAAGCGCGCUUAAGCACUGA